GAAAAAGUGUUGCGCAAGAAGUGCUGCAUAAAAGUGGAUUGCUGGGCGGUGGAAAGGGACAGAAGCCAUAUUAUUAAUGGUGAAAUCGCAGGAGGAUUGGACGAUAGUGCUAUUUUUAAGGUUUUUAUGUAGUGAUAUAGUUACUGGGUGUAUAAUGUGUACUGCUCAAGCGACAUAAAACUUUCAUUGCCAAAGGUUUAUGAAAGCUGGUCAUCAUGUUCCGAGAUAUGAAGUCAACAUUUGGACAGACUGGUACCGCUACAACAUUUGGUGGAGGUAGUUUUAGUGGUGGAGCUGCAACAAGUCCAUUUGGGCAAACCUUUGGAAAGAACACAACCACAGGAUUUACAGCACCCGCUUUUGGAUCAACUGGUUCAUCUCUGUUUGGUAGUAGCACCCCUACUACUGGCGGCCUGUUUGGAGGAGCUACAGCUACUCCAGUAUUCGGACAGACUCAAACUACACAGUCAUCAGCAUUUGGUUUUCCUUCGAGUACCACAGGCAGUAAUUUAUUUGGUAGUCAGCCGAAUGCAAACACAAGUUUAUUUGGUACCAGCGGUACUUCUGCAUUUGGUGCAAACAAACCUGCAUUUGGAGGGUUUGGAACUUCUACUGGAAGUGGACUGUUUGGGCAACAGCAACAGCAGCAGCAGACACAGGCUACCCCAUCCCUGUUUGGUCAGUCUGCAGGCACAACAAGCACUGGGAUCUUUGGUUCAGGAGGUUUUGGAGCAAGCAGUACAACAGCUGCAGCUGUUGGAACUCCCAUUAAGUUUACUCCAGUAACUGGCUCGGAUACAGUGGUAAAGAAUGGUGUAACACAAACCAUUAGCACUCGUCAUCACUGCAUUACCUGCAUGAAGGAAUAUGAAUCAAAAUCUCUAGAAGAAUUGCGUUUGGAGGAUUAUGUUGCAAAUCGCAAGGGACCACAGCAAGCACAACAAACUGGAUUAUUUGGAACAUCAACAGGAGGUUCCCUCUUUGGUACAGGUGCUAGUACUAGUACAGGCACAGGAGGCAUCUUCACUGACAGCAGUAAAUCACUGUUUGGUGGAGGGUUUGGAACCAAUUCUGGUGGUGUGUUUGGUUCUACCAACCAGCAGAGUGGUGGAUUCUUUGGGAAGUCAGGAUUUGGAACCAUGACAACCACAACAGGGGGUGGUUCAAAUUUCUCAUUCAACACAACAACAGCAGCCAAUCCGUUUGGAGUGAAUGCACAGACAAAACCCUUUGGAACUGCUACCCCACAAACAAACAGUUUGUUUGGCACUCAAUCUCAGCCUUCCGCAUUUGGCACUCAGGGUACUGGUUUUUCUGGCUUUGGAACUCAAAAUCAGGGUAUUGGACUCUUUAACCAAAACAAGCCAGCAUUCAAUAUGGCAACAACUAGUACUGGAUUCUCAUUUGGUCAGAAUACGUCAACAAAUGCUGGAAGCAUGUUUGGAGCAAAGUCCUCUGGAACAGGUGGCUUCACAAAUACGUUUGGGAAUCCCACAACCUCCAGUUUUGGUACUAACAAUAUGUUUGGGGCAAAUCAGAAUCAGUCACUUUUUAGUCAGCCUUUCAAACCAGCCACAACAGGUUUUAGCUUUGGACAGUCAACAGGUACAGGAACAGGUCUUGGUGGAGGUCUAAACAUUGGAGGCCAACCUAUGUUUGGAAACACAGCUAAUAAACCAAAUAUGUUUGGAGGCAGUACUGGAGUGUUCAAUACUGGAGGAUUUGGUAUUGGUUCCACAUUUCCAACAGGAACAGGUCUUGGAACUUCUGUCGGUCUUGGAGGAAAUCCAUUGCUUGGAGGAGCUGGAACUAACCCAGUGACAAAUCAGCAAGGCAGUGGAACUGUUCACCAGCAGAUUCUGGCCUUGGCGUCAAUGCCCUUUGGUGACUCUCCAUUGUUUCGGAAUCUCCUGCCUGCUACGGGUAAAACGGAUGAGCUACUUAAACCAACAAAUCCAGCAGCCCAGAAAGCAGCUGUCUCUAAUAACCAUUUUAAAGUAUCACCAAGAGAAAAUGUUAAAAUUAAAGUGAAGCCAUUGGGAGUAUCUUCACUUUCUAAAAAGUCCUUGUUUGAGGGUCUUGAAGAACCUGACCCCACUUUGCUGGAUACUUUCCAACCUCGCUCCAGCACCAAGAGACUGAUGCUGAAACCGAAGGCAGUGACCCCAGUUACUGGACAGCUCACUGUUCAGUUACCAGGUGCCAUGUCAGGAGAUGGAGAUGUGUUAGAAGCUGAUAAAGAAAAUAAAGAAGUUCAUCAGACUAGUGUAAUGUUUCCAGACCAGUGUGUGGACUCGUGGCUUCGUAAAUCACUCCGUAAAAAUACAGGAGAAACUGAAGAAGAACAAGAACUAUCAGAUGCACGAGACACUUCAUCACCUUUAAUAGGAAAUGCAGUCAUCAGGCAUCGUAAAUCACUCUGUAAAAAUACAGGAGAAACUGAAGGAGAAAAAGAACUGUCAGAUGCACAAGACAUGCCAUUGCUUUUCAGAGGAAAUGAAGUCCUCAGUUCUGGCAAGCUUCAUAGAUCACUCCAUGGAAUUAGAGGAGAAACUGAAGAACAAGAACUAUCAGAUGCACAAGACACAUCAUCACCUUUAAUAGGAAAUGCAGUCCUCAGUCCUGGACGGAGAAACACUGAAUCUGUUACUGAUAACACUAUUGCAGAAUUAAAAACACAAAAAAGUAAUUUGCCCCUAAAUAUGGAUGAUAAAGAAAAUGUUAGCAACAAUAGCUCAACAUCUUCAGAUGACAGCUUGGAGGCAGAUGAACCUGCUGCAGUUAUGGAAGGUGACGACUCCCAUCCAGCUGGAAUUGUAUUGCGUCGUGUUGGCUACUACACAAUUCCACCUCUAAGUGAACUCAUUUUUCGUGUCAGUGUUGAUGGCAGCUGCACGGUGGAUAAUUUCACAGUUGGCCGUGAGGGAUAUGGCAAUGUCUUCUUCCCUGACUCAUUUGAUGUGGCUAACCUGAACCUAGAUGAAAUAGUACAUUUCCGACACAAGGAAGUUAUGUUGUAUCCUAAUGAUGAAAAGAAACCGCCAGUGGGCUGUGGAUUAAACCGUCGAGCACAAGUGACUUUGGAUAGAGUUUGGCCAAUGGAUAAGACUACUCGCAAUCCUAUCAGAGAUCCAGAGCGACUGAGGCAACUGGACUAUGAGGGAAAGUUACGUCGAGUUUGUGCCAAGCUGCAGACACGAUUUUUGGAGUAUCGGCCACAAACCGGUUCCUGGGUGUUCAAAGUUGACCAUUUUUCCAAGUAUGGUUUAAGUGAUUCAGAUGAAGAAGAUGUGCCAGUUUCUGAUGUCAAGAAGUUCAAGCCUACCAUGCCUCUGUUUCAACAACAAGAAAACCGCAAGAAAGAACAGCAGCAACGUAAAUCUGGUCAGCAGUUGCUAGCCAAAGAGAUAUCACAUGGUUUGUCAGAUGGAUUACUGUCUAAUGACAUAGAUCCCCACCCUCGUGGCCUAGUACCUGUGUUCUUGGAGGAGGAUCAGGAUAUGGAAGAGGGUAUCCGAAAGCAAAUGGGAAUAUAUGGUGAUGGUGAAAAUGAGGAACUGGAAAAAAUUCAACAGAGUCCAACAAUGCAGUUGGCAAGAGAAAUUGGAUCACCAUCUCACAAAGUUCAGCUUAUGAAAGCCUCCUUCUUUAUGGAAGAAGAAGGGGAUUUGGAACCAGAUUUCAUGGAGUUGACACAGUUUCAUGGAGGCAAAUUGUUGGAUAUGGAUGCAGGUGACUUCAGUGAAGAGGCUGAGCCUGAGAAGGAAGUUUCACUACCCAGACUACCCAAAAGCUUUUCUGUGUUUCGCACACAAUUUUCUGCUCCUGAGCCAAUCCCACAAAGGACAUCAGUCUCUGUUAAGGGGUCAAAGGAUGCCCCUCAAGUAAGACCAUCAGCCCACUUGCCAGCAGGACCCUGGAUCCAACCCCCAACUGUGUGUCCAAAAAUAGCAGUUCUAAGUCAUCAUGGUGAGGUAGUUCCCCUGUCUCAGUCUAGUGUGGGACGAAUGUCAGCACACUGCUUAGCUGAUAUGGGCCUUGUGAUUGGAAGGAGCUUUCGUGUAGGCUGGGGUCGAGACAAUACACUGCUGACGCUCAACACACAGAAAGCAGCUGCAGUUGUACCACUCAGAGCUAAACUCUCUGAGCUGAACAUCUUCACUUCUGGGAGGACAGAAGGCGAUUGUUCUCAGUGCAUUGUGCAGAGGCUUCAAAUUUUUGGAGGAGGAAAAGAUGCAUCAGCCAACUUCAUGGAGGCACUGGAAGGUCAUUUACAUAUCCAGCUACAGCAUUGUCAGUCCCAACUGGAAGAUGACUGCCCACUUCUGAUCCCUCGUAUGGGAGUGGAUGCUUUGCAUGCUCAUUGUGCCUUGGCUGAUCAACUUAGUUUUGACCAAACAGAUGUACUGCUUGCUUACAGCACUCAGGUGUGGAAACUGUGUGUGGCACUGUGGGGUAACCUUCCAGAUUUGGAUGCAGACAGUAACAGCCAUCAGAAUGUAAUGUUACGGAGAGAGGCAGUGAGCAAAUGGCUGGAAGAUGUUGUACAGCAGAAAGUGAGGCAGGAAACAGCUGCACUCUCGGAUGAAUCCUCGAAAACACAAGACAAGGAACACCAUAUUCCUGUGGUACUCUCCCUUUUGUCUGGCAGAAAAAUACUGGAGGCUUGUGAGAAAAUGGAAGGCUGUGGUGAUCACCAUACAUCCUUACUACUGGCACAAUUGAGUGGUGGUCCAGCAGCAAAGCAGUUGAUUCAUCAGCAACUGGCUAACUGGCAAGAUGUGAAAGCAAGUUGUUACAUCAACAGAGAUAGAAUCAAGUUACUUAUGCUAGUGGCUGGAAUCCCUCUCUUCUGUGGCACUGAAAGCACUGUUAACGUUUGUGAAGAUUUAGACUGGAAAAGAGCCUUUGCUCUUCACUUGUGGUAUAUAUGUUCCCCUGUAGCAUCUGUUACUGAUGCCCUGCUUCAAUAUGAGAAAGCAUUUGGACCACCUGAUAUAAGGGAUAUAUAUGCAAAAUGUCCUGACCCACCAUAUAUGGAAGAUGGUGUGGAACUUGAGACAAGCAGUGGACAACCAAUAUGGGAUCUGUGCUUCCACCUGUUGAAACUCUAUAGUAGUCGGUCACAUCCAUUAAACCAGCUGCUAAAUCCUGCUACCCACACGUCAGAUCCGUUGGAUUAUCGGCUGAGUUGGCUGCUGCAGCAGGUUCUAAAUGCUCUUGGUUACUCUCAUAUGUCUGAAUACUCAUCUGCUCUUGUUCAUACAAGUUUUGCUUCUCAGUUGGAAAGCCAUGGUCUUUGGCAUUGGGCCAUUUUUGUUCUGCUUCAUCUGAAAAAUAAACAAAGUCGAAAAGUGGCAGUCCUGGACAUAUUGGGACGACAUGUUGAUUUGUCAGAUAAUGAGGAAUAUCAGGACAGAGAAAAUUUCCUUUGUGAACAGCUAAAUAUUCCUUCGCAGUGGAUAUUUGAAGCUAAAGCAACCCUCGCCUCAGCUUGCAAUAGGCAUAAGGAUGCAGCAUAUUACUUGAUCAAGGCUGCCCUUUGGACCAAGAGUCAUGAAGUAAUUAUGAAAUACAUUGCUGCAGAUGCUAUAGUUAACGAGAAUUAUAAGUAUUUGCACAAUCUUCUGGAGGCAUUGGUUCCUGUGGAACGGAGCAGUACAAUUUCUGGUUGGAAUAAUAGGGGUCAGCUGCUUUGGGACUACCUGAAAAUUGUAGCUGAAGUGGAUACAGUACUUGCUAACCAAGACCUUGCUGCAGGAUACCAGCUGGAGAAGUUACAGCCUCAGUUGAGUGGCCUGUGUGCACGAAUCAACAUGUUGCCUUGUCCCACUGCCAUGGACAGAUUAUGUCAGUCUGAAAUUGCCAAACGCACAGUCCAUGUGGUACGAAAUGUGUUGCUUCUACAAAAAGGAGUAGGGGGAGUAUCAUCACGUGUGUUAGCCCACUUGGUGACACAACUUCCUCUACCUGAGGAUUAUGCGCAACAAGAACUGAGACAAGUGGUGAGCUCUUGUAUGGCUGAGUUCACACCUUGUUGAGAAGACAGUGCUGCUUUUAAUGUUGAAAUUGUUCUGUUAUGUUAUGUACUGCUUUCUGUUACUUGAUCAGUCAGUAGCAAGAGAAAAAUUCAUCAGCUUGCUCAUAUACAGGAAACUGUGCUUGUGAUUCAGAUUUAAAUUGUGAACUACUAGGAUUUGCAGAUCAUCCUGUGCUGAGGGUAAUACCUUAUUUCACAACGUUAAAAUAUAUUACUCAAGAUACUUCAUUGUAUCAUUAACAUUUCACCAAAACAGCACACCUAUCUAGUGCAGGGACAGUUGAAUGAACCUAAUGUGUGUGAAGUGGUUAUGUAAAAGUCUUACUUUAAAUAUUAUGGUGAUAACUGCCUCUGGGACAGAACCAGUGCCAGUGGCCGGAAGAAUGUAUGGAACGGAUGAUGUGUGUUGGGGAGUGGAUUCAUAUUUUUUUCCUGUGUUCAUACUGUUAGAAUAUGGACCAUAUAUAAUAGAAAUGGAGUUCACUGAAUUUGCAUCCAGCUAUGCUGUGACAUGAGUUCCUCCAGCGCUUUUAAUUUGUACUUUACAGCAGUUGAAUUUAUAAUAAAGAAGGAUAGUUUUCCUUUAUUUCAAGUA